CACAAUAUGUUAUUCUUGCAAAUAAAAAAGUUACGUUCACUCAAAUUUCCUUUCGUCUCGAAUUUUACUUGCCUCAAAGGUGUUUGACGAAUUGUCUGAAUGACUUGAAAUUCGGAGAAACUGAAGGCAUUCGAUUUAUCUUCUCCUCUCCAAUCUGAACAAGAUCUGUGAUGAUGAGAAUCAGCAAAACAGAGAUCAAUUUAAGGAGAUUGCUUUCCGCUGCACCUAAUCAACAAAAUCAGUCAAAACUUAUGCAUUAUGUUGCUACUCUGAGGGAACAAUUAGAACAACUCUCGGAAGAGAAGACACCUGAAGGUCUUCCCAGAGUUACAAAGGCUAAAGUGAAUGAAUACUAUGAGAAGAUUGAAGCUGUUGCUUCCAAAAUAGCUGCUCAAGUGCCUGUCACAGAGGUAUCUGAUGAACCUUUUGCUAAGGACUCCACCUGUGAAAGCUCUCCAAAAUUACAGGACGAUGCUCGAAGUCCGACUUCUUCACAGCUGAGAAGAAGAAUUGUGUCUACAAGUUCCAAGGAUCAAAGCUAUGAUGCUGCUAAUGCUGAUCCAUCAAAAACAGUAAAACUAGACACCGCGGCUCAAGCACACAUUGAUAAGCACAGAGAGCUUCAGGAGCAUCUCACGGAUGAAAUGGUGGUACUUGCGAGACAACUCAAGGAGAGUAGCCUCAUGAUAAGCCAAUCUGUGCAAAAUACAGAGAAGAUACUUGACUCUACCGAGGAGGCCAUUGAGCAAAGCUUAGCGAGCACGGGACACGCAAACGUAAGAGCCACAAAGAUUUAUUCAGAGUCUUCAAAGACGAGUUGUUUCCAAUGGCUUUUGAUGUUCGCCAUGACCUGUGUGUUCAUAAUGGUUGUAUUGUUGAUCCGAGUCACAUAGAAGAUGGUUCCGAGUGUAAACCAAAUUAGUGAAAACUUUUAAGAACAUUUUAGUCUCUUUAUUAGCUAGUUAUACAAGUUGUUAAAAGAUCAUUGUGACUUUGUAAAUUAUGAGUUGGAUUUGUGAAGCUACUUUCUUUAAGA